GUGACGAGUCUCGUGUCGUGGCUACUGCUCUGAGCUCUCCUCGUAUAGCACCUAUACUAUAGCAGUGAUUAUGCGCACGACAUACGCAUUACACUUUUACAUUUACCUAUCAACUGGCUCGAGUACGAGCAGUAACUCGCUCGCCGAUAAAUAAGCCGCGUGUAAAUUGCCUCCUGCGGCGAGCUACGUCUAGACGACGACGACGACGACGACGACCAGCUAUCGCGCCAACGGCGAUCUCAGAUAGUUAGUGACUCGCGCGUGUGUUGCAUCUCGCAAGUGAGCGUGUCUGGUGCGUGAGUUGGAGAUACGCUGCACGCAUAACGCAUACGUCGUCGUUUCCCGUGUAUAGCAUCGGCCACCUAUCAGCCUAUCGCUACCGCUAGCGGCUACUUUGAUUAGUAUUGUCAACAACGAGAGACGACUGCUACGCUACUGACGACGACAUCAUCGCAGAUUAACACAGCCGUAGCCAUCGCAGCCUCUCGUCUCGACACGCGUUUUAUCAGCAGCUUUCUCGCACGCCGUCUUUCUCUCUCUCUAUAUAUAUCUCCGAUUAUGCGAGACAGUACUACUACCGCAUUUCUCUAAAGUUUACAUCUUCAACGUAAACAUAGCAACCGGAGCAUACAUAUAUAUGUGAGAUAUAUAUGUAUACGUCUGCCUGUAUAUCUAUAGAUAUCUUGGAGUCUCGAGUAAAGAGAGGAAAAGUGCGCGUGCCGAGGCUUCUGUUUUAGUCGAGUGAUAUCGCCUGGGCCAGAUUUGCCUGGAUAACAAUUAUGCUCGCAGCUAAGAUGCAUACUAGCUGUCACAACGAUAGCACUCUUACACGUGCCAGAACUCGUUAAAACAACCAGUCAGCCGAUCGUUGUUAUUAAUUUUUUACAUUAUCUUCUUACAAUUAUAUAUAUCCAUCGAUAUAUACAUAUAGAGAUAGUGAAAGAGAAAGAUAGGUGGAUUAUCGCAUAUAUACAUAAACGCACGUCGUAACUCUUUCUCAUUGAUUGACUGACGCGAAUCAAGAAGAGUAAGAAUUUCACAUAAUGAUGAUGCUGAUUGGAAUUGUGUAAUACUCUUGACUUGCAUUAUAAAGUACUUUAUACACAUUUACAAUUUUUUAAGAAAACACUCAAUUGGGAGCUUUCAAUUGUUCUUUUGUAUUUAUACACAAAUACAUUCUUAAUUGUUACAUUAGUAGUACAUGCCAUGCAUUGUUAAAUAUUAAAAAAGAUUCAAAGAAUACAAAGUUUCAAACAAGGCAAAAUCGUCUUUUAAAGACUAAUUUUAUAAGCAGAAAUAGGACGAUGCUCAAACAAUUGCAAAUGGGAAUGAGAGCUUUUCUCUACAUGGCCUCACGCGUCUGGACAUUUGUGUGCUUUCUACUAAAGAAGCAGGUUAGGACCAUAUCACAGAUGCAGCCAGUAAAAUAUGAAAUCUUUCCAUUAUCUCCACUGUCAAGGCACAGAUUAAUUCAAUGCAAUUAUCGUUUGUUUUGCACAGGUAUUGUGAAAAGAAAAGUACUUGUACUAGAUUUGGACGAGACCCUCAUUCACUCUCAUCACGAUGGAGUUGCAAGGUCAGUAGUCAGGCCUGGGACACCAUCGGACUUUAUUCUUAAGGUGACGAUAGACCGGCAUCCGGUUCGAUUUUUCGUUCAUAAAAGACCUCAUGUAGAUUUCUUUUUGGAUAUUGUUAGUCAAUGGUAUGAACUGGUAGUAUUUACCGCUUCGAUGGAAAUUUACGGUGCUGCCGUUGCUGACAAAUUAGAUAACAACAGGGGUAUACUAAGGCGCAGGUAUUACAGACAACACUGUACACCUGAAAUGGGUUCCUACACCAAGGACUUGGCUGCCAUAUGUUCAGACUUGGCAUCAAUUUUUAUUCUCGACAAUAGUCCUGGUGCUUACAGAGCUUAUCCUCACAAUGCAAUACCGAUCAAAUCUUGGUUUAGUGACCAGGGUGACACUGCGUUACUAAGCUUGCUUCCGGUGCUCGAUGCGCUUCGCUUUACGCAAGACGUGCGAUCGGUGUUAUCGAGAAACUUACACCUUCAUCAUACCUGGUAGCAUAAUCUAAAUCCUGCAUUCUAAAGUGAUAUGUCUAAUUUGUAGAUUUAUUUUUACUAUUAUUAUCAUUACCAUAAUUAUUAUCAUCGUCAUAUAUAAAUAUGAUACGAUCAUUUUAAAUCAUAUACAAACUAGCAAGAGAAAUCUUUUCCUUUUCUAAAAGGGGCAAUAUUAAGCGAGUGUUUUUUUACGUCGACUCAAAAGUCAUAUACCAUUAAUGUUGAAUUACAACUCAGACUAUGAUUAUAUCUUUACGAUUGCUACGUAAUAAAAUAUUGUACGGAUUUACGCUAAUUCAUCGAUCAUCGAAAUUAGGAAAAAAAGUCGAUCAAUUACCGAGAAACGUUAUAAGUCGGCACAAAGCAAAAAAUAAUUGAGUCACUCAUAGACACACAUAUUAUUAAUCUAAUUGUAAAUAGAAAUAUUCAGACUUUAUUUUCUCAUGCAUCAUGACAUUAUCAAUCGAUUUCUUUAUUAUAUUCUCUCGGUAAAAUUUUGAAAUUAUGACUGAUCAUAUUAUAAUAUUAUAAUUAUACCGACUAAAUAUAUUAUACAUAAACAUGAACGUCGAGUGCGUAUAUUUCGAAGACUACAAUACUAUAUAAGUUUCUACGAUUUAAAAUCCAGUUCCAAGUGACGAGUUAACGUUGACGAAAAUAAUAUUGUCGUCGUCGCACUCCAUCAUGUAUAACCAGCCAAAGAUUCGAGUAAUGAAAAAACUUACCUACUUAACCAUAUUUUGCGUUUACUUAUGCGAAGUUAGUAGAUUUGUGUGGUUUACUGAAUUUUUGUUUUCUCAAUUUUAUCAAUCUUCUUUCUUUGUGUGUAUUCUACCUCAGGAGUUGUUGAAUGUAUGAUAAAUUUUUUUGAAUACAUACAUUACAAGGUAUAAUCUUUAUUGAAUGCCCUGACUCUAAAAUUGAUUAACUUUUUUAAAAUUCUUUACUGAUUCAUGUAGUAGAUAGGGUAUUUUUUAAUUGAAUAAAUUUAUGUUUAAUUUGUAUAAUAAAAAUUGCCAAGCAAAUUAGAAACAGGAGACAAAGACAUUUCUGAAAACAAUAUGCUUUUUUUUGUGAAUUGUGUAUUGUAUGACCCUACAAAUGAUAAUUUUUUUCUUUAGCUACACUGCUCACUGUAUCAGUGAGGCAGUGAUUGAUUAUUAUUUAUAAGCAUGAUACUUUUAAGAAACAAGAUAUCAAAUAAAAUUAUUGAAAUUGGUUAGGAACUUAGUAUGAUAAAUUUUAUACUAAGUAAAAAAAUCGGAAAAAGAGAAAGCUUACUUGAGUGUACAUAAAUGAACUAAAGAACUAAAAACAUCAUUGUUCAUGUGUCAAUAUCAACACAUAUUACUUGAAAAUUAUGAUUAAAAAAUUAUACUCUAAUAAAGUUACAUAGUGAUUAAUGCAUGCGUGCAUGGUUUGUAAAUAUCAGAGUUGGUAGAAGUAUGAUGAAGCGAUACAAAAUAAUUCAAUUUCAACACGACUGAAAGUGAUGUUAAAAGUACAUUCUGUGAAUAAAUCUAUGUGAUGUCACAAUUGAAUUCUAUUGUAAAAAAAGCGAGUGUGUGUAGGUAUGAAUGCAUAAUGAACAAUUUACAUUACAUACAAAUAUAAACAUGCGCAUGUACUUCGUGCAUGUUAAACGAGAAAUAAAGUAAUUACUAUAACGCAAGUAACAUAAAUGUCAGUUGAAAAAGCAGGAAUUACAAAUAAAUUUUAUUUCAAAAUUUAUAUA